CAAUCAGUGCUGUCGGUCGCCGCACGGGUUGCGCACGCGACGCCGCGAGUGACAUUGUUAGCGCGAGCUUUUACGAGAAAAUAGUUGACCCAAUUCGCAGCCAUGGUGGUAGGGGCGAAGAUAUCCAUGCAGCAUGUGCCCAGCAAGGGCAGGAUCUCCAUCAUGAGGAUACAGAACUUCACAGUUAGGAAACGACAGUCGGUGAUCAAGAUCCUGUACGGAACCUUGCUGGUGGUGGUUGGUGUGGUCAUGCUGGCCAUCAACCCUCUGCAACUGGUCACCAACUGGAUCUUCGAGAUAAAGGAAGGUAGCUUCUUAUACAACAUAUGGGAAGAGCCUCCCUACAAGCUCUACGCAGAGGUGUGGGUGUAUAACUACACGAAUGUUGAGGAAUACUUGAGUGGACAAGACACCGUCAUGAAGGUGAAGGAAGUGGGACCGUUUUUGUACCAGGAGUUCCGAACCAACCAAAACAUCACCAUAGACAAGGAGCGAGGGGUGAUGAGCCUCACUCCACACAUCGCGCUGAAGUUCCAGAAGAACUUGUCUCUGGCUGACACCAACGAUGUUCACAUUUACGCCCCGAAUAUUGCUCUACUGGCAAUCAGCACCCUCCUAGCCGACAAGCUGGGGUACCUGGCCAAUGCAGGGGCGUACUACUCCAUCAACGCGCUCGGCUCCAAGCUCUUCAGGAACCUGACGGUGGAGGAACUUCUGUGGGGGUACGAGGACCCCAUCGUGACGGUUGCCAACAGCCUGCUGCCCGGCUGGAUCGACUUCCAGAAGAUCGGCAUUUUGGACAGGUUCUACGCAAACAAGGACGAGGUAGCUGAAGUUGAGAUUGGUGACGUCAGCAAUAAAUUCUCCAUCAUCAACUGGAACGAAUCACCUGGCAUCGUGGAACAAGGAUUCACGGAUUUGAACACGAGCAUCCCUUGUAACCGCGUGCAAGGGACCUAUGAGGGCCUGAUGCUGUCCCCCAACUACCCGAAGGACCGCGUCAUCAACAUCUUCAGGAGGCAAGCCUGCAGGAUCUACCCGUUCGCGUUCUACAAGGAAGUCAAUGACAAAUAUGGAUUUAAUUACUACAGGUUCAGGAUGGAGCAGUCAGCUUUCAACACCUCUUCCCCCUACGCUUGCAAGUGCAAGGAGAACUGUCUCCCCGAUGGCUUCGUCGACGUGUCGAAUUGUUACUAUGGAUUCCCUAUUGCACUAUCGAAGCCCCACUUCCUGGACACAGACCCUCAGCAAAAGAGUUACUACGAGGGCAUGAAACCUGAUCCUGAAAUACAUAGCUCUGUCUUGGACAUGGAACCGACUCUGGGAGUGCCUCUGGCAUUAUCAUCAAAGAUGCAAGUGAAUUUGGCGGUCAGGACAUCCUCUGGGAACCCAAUUACCAGGCCAUUCAAGAACAAAGUGGUUCCUAUGCUUUGGCUUUCUUUGUACUGUAAGGAACCUCCCCCACCAGUUUUAACGCUCUUACAACUGCGUCUCGUCAUCGCCCCACCCCUGAUCAUCACAAUCGAAGUUCUUCUGUUCCUAGUCGGGGCCUACCUUGGCAUCCACGGCUUCUAUAGAACUUGUAGGCCACAGUACACCUUCAUUGAAGAUGGAGACAAGAAGAAAAGUGUUGGGAAUGUUGCGGUUUCCAAUGUUGCUGAGAACGCAACGUUUGAAGACGAUGUUUUGGCAAAAGAAGCAGUGUCUUUAUUAUCAAUCAGGGAAGAAGAGGAAUUACCGAACCUCAUUAUUGAUACGUGAUGUGACAGCAAAUAACGUGUUUAUGUGACGGUUAUAAAACUUUGAAUCAAAAAAUUGCAGUGCUCAAAUAUUUUUAAUCGGGGUUUUAAAAUUCUUUUUAAAAGGUGGUUUCAUCUUGCCAAUUAGGUACGCGCUGUUUUGGUUAAAAAUGCUUUAAUAUUAAUACAUUGGUGUGGAGGGUUCAGAAUAAAGACAAUUUUGGGAAGAUAUUAGAUAUUAAAAAUACAUUUCGUUAGUGACUUUUUUUUUUUUUUUUUUUUUUUUUUUUUUUUUUUUUUUUAUGUGAUAGGAGGCAAACGAGCAGACGGAUCACCUGAUGGUAAAUGAUUACCGUCGCCCAUAAACACCCGCAGACCCAAGGGCGUUGACUUUGUACAACAUCAAUCAGUUUUGCAUUUAUUUGAUAAUAUUUCGAUCACCAUGAUUUAAAAUUAUUACGAAAUUCAUGAAAAUUUAAGUUACCAUUAUUUAUUUAUGAAAAUAAGUAGUAAUUGGGGAAUUUAAUAAAAGAGGGGUUAAAUGGUGUUAUAAAAAUAAUUUUAUGCGUUAAAACUAAGACUUCUUGAUAAUAUUCUAAAAAUAUGUACUUAUUAGUAAAGAUAUAAUAUCGUGAGACUUAUAUUUUAUUGACUAUUGCCAUGAUAAGUUAUUAUUUUAGAUUAUUAUAAUGUAAUGUAAAAAGGUACUAGAUCAAGGUAGACAAACAUAAUAAUUGUGUAAUGUUGGUGGCAAUAUUAUUGUAGGUCAUACAUAACUAUUCCAUUACAUAUACUUUUUAUAUUUUUGUAUUUAUUACUUUGUUUUAUAGAAAUCAUCCGUAGACUCUUCAGUUGUAUGAAGUUAGUUAGGGGAAGGUAAUUUUUAUUUAAGUACUUUGUAAAUCAAAAUUAAAUGGCCACAUAGUUUACAAUACUGUAAACAAAUGCAAGUGAAUUCUUCCGUUCUUUAUAUUGAUUGGUAGGUGAUUCCAAGAAAACCGUAACAAAUUCAAGCAGUGGCCUCAGUCCGAGGCUAUGUGACCUGGCACCUAAAUGACACAAUAUCAGUCCAAGUUCAUCGAAAUCGAAAUGUAUUUAUUCUGUUGCAUAAUAUUUGUUUACUUGUAUGUGAAGAUAUUUUUAACACUCGUACGAGUCACAAUUUUGUGUGCAAAUGGCAAAUGGACGUACUCGUAAGUGAAUUUAAUAAUAUAAAAUUAAUGUUGCUUAGAGCAUUUAAAAAAAUAUAAAAGAUUAACGUUUGUCACACUUUGUCAUUGUAAUUGUUGCGUUUUUACAACAAAAAUUUAUAGGAAAUUAAUAAUUUUCUUCUUCUUUUUUGAUGAUGUUGGCAAUACACGUCGAGGUCGACUUGAUUUGUGCCAUUUUCAAGUUUAUAGGUGAUACAAGUUACAAAAUGAGAUCAAGUAAUGAUAUAAUGAAGGAUGAUAGAUGAUACCCCUUCCCACCCUUUGAGUCUCAGUAAAGUUGUGGUGCUUUACUGAGACCUCCUAUGGACAACUUGAGAGAACCAGAAGAAUCACGAUGCACUGUUUUGCUUCACUCGCCCACACUCAUCCACGUUCACGAACACUUAAUGGUUAAUAAUCCACCAUUAUUACACAUUAAUAGUCGCCCAAACACGAAUUUGAGGAAAUAAAACAAAACCGCUAACAUGACGCUUCAGAUUCCCGCCAAGAAGUCAUUAAUAAUUUUGUAAAUUCAUUACAACAUAAUAUGCACAUUACUUCUUCCCCUAAUAUUUAGUGAGUAACUAAUAUUUUUAAGGCAAUGUGAUAUUAGACUUUUAGAUUAAUAUUAAUUGUUAGUGCUGUAAAUAAUUUGUAAAUAAAAAACACAUGGUGUCUGUUUUAGUUAGGAUAUUGA